AUGAAUGACAUAGAUAUACAAAAUAGUAAUAGUUAUUGCAAUAAAAGUUUUUACUUUAAAAAGAUAUUAAAUUCUCAAUUUUUGAGAAAUAAAAUAUUCAGAGAUGUCAAACAGAUUCACAGACAAAAUAACACUCUCAAUAUGAUGUUCGAUUGGUAUGAUCUUGGAUGCUUCCCAGUGGAGUUGAUCAGAUUCAAUCAGAUCGAAAGAUUCAAAUCGAUUUUCAACUGUGUCAUAUCCGCUGUCAGUAGUCAAUCAUAUGAUAUCGAAGUAUUAAAUAGUUUCCUAUUAUCAUUCAUGGAUUCGUUAUCGUUGGCAAGACGUGAUUUGAUUGAACUCGUUUAUCAACAUGUUAGAAGUAGCAGUAACCUGUGUGAUAAAAUAAACUUCAAAUUGAUUCAUGAUAAAUCAAUGGUACACGGACAUCUACCGAUAAUCCAAUUCCUUCAUGAAAACAAAAUCGAUUCUGUAUUCAAAGGUGACUCGAUGAAGCUGGCCGCAAUGCAUGGUCACCUUCAUAUUGUACGGUGGCUACACGAGAAUAGAACAGAAAAGGUCUCGGAAUCUGUGAUGGACUUUGCAGCUAAAGGUGGACAUUUAGAGAUCGUCAAGUUCCUAUUUACCAAUCGAACAGAAGGUUGCUCUUCAGCUGCUAAAGAUCAAUGUAAACACUUGCCAACUGCACAAUUCCUUCAUCAGAACCUAACGGAUCCAUUGAUAUCGUACAAAGUUGCAGUGGAAUCUGGCGAUCUCGAGCUGGUAAAGUUUACUCUCGAGAGCUAUCCAGAACAAUAUAAACCAUACUACAUUAUACACGCAAUAACCAAUAAACAAUAUGAAAUUGCCACUUACUUGCUGGAGAAUCGCACUGAGGGAAAGAUUAGUGGUCGAACAAUGAAUAGCGCCGCUUUCCAAGGUAAUUUCGAACUGGUAAAGAAAAUUCAUGUCAGUGGAAGACUAGUUUAUCCACACAAUGAAAUACAGAGUGCCGCGAUGUCUCUAUCUGAAAAUCGACUGGAAAUCAUCGAGUUUCUUCAUCAACACCGACAGACUGUUGGGAGCAUGGAUAAUAUCGAUGCACCCUAUUGGGCUGCAUCGCAAGGUGAUUUGGAAUUAUGUAAAUUCCUUCAUCGCAAUGGAUACCGUGGCAGUAUGUCUGUAAAUCAAGCGGCACUCAACGGACAUACGGAAGUACUUCGAUUCUGUACUGAGAAUCGAACCGAACUUCUUAGCUCAAACAUUCUAGGGCUAGUCGCUGAAAACCAACAUUUCGAAACACUCCAAUAUAUUUUCCAGAACAGAAGUGAAGUUACUUUAAACGAUGAAGUAAUGGAUCGUUUGGCAAUUUUUGAGACUCCCGAUGCAAUGGAAUGGUUCUCAGCGAAUUCCAAUGUACAAUUCACUUCGAAUGCAUAUUACUUUGCAUGUGAGAACAAUAGAUUGGCAAACUUCCAGUGGUUGUACGAAAAGAUGAAAGUAUCAUUGAGGAAGGAUAUAGAUCAGACGGCUGCUAGUCGUGGACGCUUGGAGAUAAUAAAGUAUCUACACACUAUAAAUGCUCCAUUUUCACAAAAAACAAUGGACUUUGCUGCUAUUUCUAAAAAUCUCGAUUUAGUUGCGUUUCUUCAUCUAAAUCGUACAGAAGGCUGUUCUCCGUCAACACCGAGCUACUCCCAUAGCUUUGCAAUGACCAAACUGCUUCUAAACUGUAAUUGCGGGAAUAUAUCAGAAGACCCAAUCUAUAUACAUUACUUGAAAAGACUGGAAUUUAUCAAAGUUCAUAAACUCUGA